AUGGAAUCUCCCCAGGAGCCCCUGGUCGCAGGGCUGCUCACCUCUCUCGUCACGUCGGUGAUCGCACCUUCAUCGGCCACGGCCACGGCCAUUUCGUACCCGGCCUCCUAUUCGCAUUAUUCCUACGCUACAUCACCUCCUGUCCCCUCAUUACCACCAAGUAGUAAUGGACAGUGGGAUAAUGAGGGGAAAAUGAGACAGUGGUCGUCUACUAUCGGUAUCAUCACUGCUCUUGCCGGCAACGUCUUGAUCUCCGUCGCCCUCAACAUCCAGCGCUAUGCGCAUCUCCGGAUCGCGCGGGAAUGGGAGCAGGACAAGGUCAAGAAAGAAGCCAACUGGAGGCGAUCCCAAUCCGACACCCGAUCAGCAACCCAAUAUGGCGCCGUAGGAGACGAACGUUCUCACGAUGAUAAUCAGCCGGGGAAGCCGCGGAAAGAACAACGGCACGCGCCACACCGUAUUUUCGAAGAGUACAGAGAUGAUGUUGAUGAUCCCCCGCGAGGAAGGAGGGGUCGCUCGGAAUCACCGGAGUCUAUGCGCAACUCCUUUACGUCUGAUCGUACAGCUCGGCCCGGAGACAAGGAUGAUGAAUUCGGAGACCGCAAGUCUUACCUCCAGUCUCCGUACUGGUGGGCUGGAAUCAUUCUGAUGUGUCUUGGUGAAACGGGCAACUUCAUGGCUUAUGGAUUUGCACCGGCUUCUAUCGUCUCGCCCCUGGGCGUGGUGGCGUUGAUAUCGAAUUGCGUCAUUGCGCCUUGUUUAUUGAAGGAGAGGUUCCGACAGCGCGACUUCUGGGGUGUCUUGAUUGCAAUCGCAGGUGCUGUUGUCGUUGUUCUCAGCGCAAAGUCGUCGGAAGAGAAGAUUGGCCCUGAUGAAAUUUGGGCGAUGAUUACCACUUGGGAAUUUGAGACCUAUCUCGGAUUGACCUGUGGGUUGAUUGUUGCUUUCAUGUGGGCUAGUUUCAGAUAUGGAUCUCGCUCAAUCCUGAUUGAUGUCGGCCUGGUAGCACUAUUUGGCGGAUAUACAGCUCUCUCCACCAAGGGUGUUUCCUCCCUUCUGUCAUAUACAUUAUGGCACGCCAUCACCUUUCCUAUCACCUAUCUGCUGGUCUUUGUUCUCGUCUUCAGCGCUCUGAUGCAGAUCCGCUAUAUCAAUCGGGCCCUCCAGCGAUUCGACUCUACGCAAGUGAUUCCAACACAAUUUGUCCUCUUCACACUCUCUGUCAUUAUUGGAAGUGCAGUUCUAUAUCGUGACUUUGAGUCAAUGUCGGCCAGACGUGCUGGCGAGUUUGUUGGAGGCUGUUUCCUGACUUUCUUGGGUGUAUAUUGCAUCACGAGCGGCAGAGUUCGAUCUGAUGAUGAGUCUACAUUUUCAACUGACGACGAAGAGGAGGCUAUUGGCCUGCUAAAUGGUGAACGCUAUCAAGAUCGAGUUGAUCUGUCACCCCCGAACCAGCAAUUACGAGCACCGAACGGCCCGCAUACUGCCAUUGAUUAUACCGAUGAUGCUCCGCAGUCUCCAUCAGGGUCUCUACUAAGCCGUGGGAUAGAUGGAGUUGAUGAAAACCAGCUUACUCCGCGGGGUGCUCUUUCGGCCGCCCCAUCUUCUCCAAGCGGCUCAUUGCCCAUGGAUUCUCCCCUUUCAGGCCCGUCGUUCGAAGGCCCGUCUCCACUGCGGCCCCCAUCUCGUAUGUCGAAUCCCUGGGCGGACAGCAACGAGCAAAUAUCUCCUGCUUCUGGACGCGAUUCUGACAUUCGUCCCGUCACUCCCGUGCUCCUCCGCUUCCCCCCAGCACCCGGAAUGGAGGGCUCUCCAUCAAAUGGAAAUGCCACGACCGCUCGACGUGCCUCAACACCGGCUGGAGGCAACCAGGCUCAGCUUCCAGACCGAAGCCACACGACACUCGAGACACCUACACGACGGACGCUUCGCAAUUCUAUCUCCAAUCGAUUCUCACCAGGGCCCCUUCUCCCCGCAUUAUCAGGUGGUUUCAGUGCUGUAGUGGCCGAGUCCCUUCGACGCGGCGAGAACAGUCCUUUCAAAGAUCGCUCCAAGCGCAGAUCAGGUCGUCGCAAGCAGCUGGAUGGCGCCUUCGAUGAACCUGGAUACUUCGACGGCGAAGGAGGUCAUGACAGUUCUAUCACAAUUGCCAAUGCUCGACUUCAGUCGGCUACUAGUCUCGUCGCCCCAGGUGUGGAGGGCGGUCGAUCCACCCCUGCGCUCGCAACCGAUAUCUAUAACACACCCACUCAGAAGCCCAGCGAAGAUGUUACUCGACUUCGCAGUUUCAGCGACUCGUGGAGCGGUGGCUUGGCGUGGCUGGGUGGUGCGCUGCGAAGUAGCAACGUCGAACAUGCAAUUGCCAGCGGUGCGGUGACACAGGAGACUGCGACACCGCAAAGCAAUGAGACACCGAGUGCCGAUCACUCGAACGACGAUGCUAAUACCUCUACCGCAUCUCGAUAA